AGCUCCAGAAAAACACCCUUUUUCUAUUUUUAGUAACCAAACUCUUAAUAAAAAUCUUCUACUACUAACGAAAAGGGUUACGCCACCCAUUUUCUCUUCCCCUAAGACUACUUUCCAAAAAUAGCACUCUCUGAAGUCUGAACCCCCCCACCCCCACCAAACCUUAACCUCAUCCCCCCUAAAAGCUGGUCCCUCUUUUUAAUCUCCCCAUCUUCCUUGGAAUUCGCUCUUUUGUUUGGAGUAGUAACAGCAGCUUUGCUUUGUUGUCAACACGUACAAGCUGAGUUCCAAAAUCAAAGUCGGUUCUAUUUGAUAUUUCAUAAUAUACCCUCCUAGUAAUUUCCCAAACUUAGGGUUUGGGAUUUCCCCCCAAUAUAUAAUACGUGUGGGUGAGUUGUGUGUGAUUCUGCCCUUGCUUUGGGCUUUCGGUUUCUUAAGUUGUUGGAUUGUGGAUUUGGGAGGAAUAAGAUGAUCUUGAUUUUCAGAUAUUGGAUUCUGGGUAUGCCAAUAGUAGAAGACUGUAAUAGCUUGAGUUAUUUGAGCGUUCUCUAGCAUUUGGUUAAUUAAUUGGAGAAUUUUUUCGUUAUUCUCCUUUAAAAUGGAAAGGGGAGUUGGUUUUUGGGCCUCUCCGAGAAGUCAAAUGGAGGGUGUUGUCUCGUUUGAUGCUGGUGCGAGGUCUUCAAAUGUAGAUGAUUCAUUCAACAAUGUUAUGGAGAUUAUGAAUCUUGAUGCUUACACUGGAUGGUGCACUAGCCCUAGUGCAGCAGAGCAGAUGUUUGCCUCUUAUGCAGCAUCUUCGCAAAUUAAUUCCGUGUCUCAAAGUUAUGCACCGUUUGAAGGAUUGAGUUACACAGAACAAAAUACUGGAACAUUUCCUCCAAUGGAUGCCAAUAUGGUGGGAAGUACUGAUUGUGGAGGAGAGAAAAUGAUGUUCGGGCAAAAUGAUGAGCAGUUGCAUUUUGUGGUAGAUUCAACUGAUGGUGGCGGCUUGGUAGCUAAAAGAAGUAAAAAUUCAAGCCAGCAGGCUAAUGAUGCUGAUAUUAGCAACUCUAUGAUCGUAAGGUCACCUUCUCAACCACUUGCUGAGAGAAUGCUUAGGGCGUUGGCAAUGUUUAAAGAGUCAUCUGGUGCGGGGAUUUUGGCUCAAGUUUGGAUUCCAAUGAAGAAUAAGGAUCAGUAUGUCUUGAGCACGUGUGAACAGCCAUAUCUUCUUGAUCAGGCACUUUCCGGCUAUCGAGAGGUCUCUAGGAAGUUCACGUUUGAUGCAGAAACAAAACCAGGAUCGAUUCCAGGUCUUCCUGGUCGGGUGUUUAGUUCAAGAAUUCCAGAGUGGACGUCAAAUGUUCUGUACUACAAGGAGGCUGAGUAUUUACGUGUACAAUAUGCUGUAAGCCAUGAAGUUCGUGGAUCUAUUGCUUUACCUGUCUUUGAGGAUGAUGCAUAUGAAACUCCAUGUUGUGCAGUACUGGAACUCGUAACAAUGAAGGAGAAACCAAAUUUUGAUUUGGAAAUGGAUCAUGUUUGCCGUGCUCUCCAGGUUGUGAAUUUAAGGAGUAUUGCACCUCCUCGACUUCAUUCUCAGAGUCUCUCAAAGAAUCAAAGAGCUGCUUUAGCUGAGAUAACAGAUGUUCUGCGAGCAGUUUGCCAUGCGCAUAAGCUGCCUCUUGCUCUGACGUGGAUUCCCUGUAGUAUCACUGAAGGAGAAGGAGAUGAAAGCAUAAGAGUCCUUGCUAGAGGAUGUAAUGCAAGUUCAAAUGAAAAAUGUGUGUUAUGCGCUGAGGAUACAGCUUGUUAUGUGAGUGACAAGGAAAUGCAGGGAUUCGUACAUGCUUGUAUGGAACAUUAUCUUGAGUUAGGUGAAGGUAUUGUUGGGAAAGCUCUUCAAUCUAACCACCCCUUCUUCUACCCUGAUGUGAAGGAGUACCAUAUAAGCGAGUACCCACUUGUUCAUCAUGCACGAAAGUUUGGUCUAAAUGCUGCUGUGGCUAUAAGAUUACGUAGUACAUUCACCGGAAAUGACGAUUACAUAUUGGAGUUCUUUCUUCCUAUCAGUAUGAAGGGAAGUACCGAGCAACAGCUUCUCUUGAAUAACCUUUCAGGUACCAUGCAAAGAAUCUGCAGAAGUUUGAGAACAGUAUCAGAUGCAGAAUUGGUUGGACAAGGUGCUACGUUUGGAUUACAAGAUGGAUUUGCUCCCAAUUUACCACCGAUUACAUUGUCUAGAAGGAACUCUCAGCACUCGUUAGACAGCAAUUCAAAUUCUGCGAGUGUGGCUCCUUUAGGCGUAUCUGAUUCAAAGAAUGCUGGAAUACAAGCUGAUGGUUCUCGCGAACAGACAAUGAUUGGAUCAAGAAGACAGAUGGAGAAAAAACGAAGUACAGCAGAAAAACAUGUUAGCUUAAGUGUUCUUCAGCAGUACUUCUCUGGAAGCCUGAAGGAUGCUGCAAAAAGCAUUGGUGUGUGUCCAACUACCUUGAAAAGAAUAUGUCGACAACAUGGGAUAUCAAGAUGGCCAUCCCGGAAGAUAAACAAAGUCAAUCGGUCUUUGAAAAAGAUACAAACAGUGCUUGAAUCUGUCCAAGGAGUAGAAGGGGGAUUGAAGUUUGAUCCAGCCACUGGAGGUCUCGUUCCUGCUAGCUCUAUCAUCCAAGAUUUUGAUGCACAGCAAAGCAUAUUUUUUCCCUGCAAAGAUGUCUCUGUCAAAAAUCCUAGUUCUGUUUUCCAGGACGCUGUGUCUGUACCCUCAACUUCAGGCGUUGACAAAGAAAACUCUAUGGUGAAAAUGGAAGAGGACUCUUAUGUUGAUGGGAACCAGCUCGGCCAAUCAAAUCAUAUCAAUACUAGCUCUUUCAAGGGAGGAAAUAAGUCAAGUAUACCAGUGUCUGGAUUUUGUUAUGAACCCAAAUUGGCAGCAUUAGAUGCAAUGUCAUCUAGACCUGCUAAUCAGACGAUGCCAUUAACUAAUUCUAGAAAUGCAUCAUUGGGCUCUUUCUAUACAAAAGAAGGAUGCGGGAGGUGGGGGUUGGACAAUGAUACGUUGGACAAUCUUGAGUGUCAUUUCACUUCUCGGUGCUCAUAUUCGAAAGCUGCUGGAGGUGAUGGUGACACUAAGAUGAAAGGAGAUAAUGAAAUGGAUGGUGAUGGUGGGGUCAUUGAACAUAACCAAGCCAGUUCUUCAGCGAUGACAGAUCCAUCCAGUGGGUCUGAGUCAAUGAUGAACGGCAGUUCAUCAAGCUCCCGCAGUCGUGGUGCACGGAAGCAUUCUAAAGUUGAGGCAAACUUUGGCGAUAGUGGGUCAACAAUUACUGUGAAAGCCACUUACAAAGAAGAUACAACCCGAUUUAAGUUUGAGCCUUCAGCAGGGUGCUUCCAACUUUAUGAGGAGGUUGCGAAGAGGUUUAAACUGCAGACUGGGACAUUCCAACUCAAGUAUCUUGAUGAUGAGGAGGAAUGGGUGAUGUUGGUAAAUGAUGCAGAUUUGCAUGAGUGUCUUGAGGUACUGGAUUUUGUUGGUGGCCGCACUAUCAAGUUUCUUGUCCGCGAUACACCUUAUGCUAUGGGUAGCUCAGGCAGCAGUAACUGCUUUUUGGCUAGUGGCUCCUAGUACUGUAGCCGCAUGCUGGUCAGAAAGCUUCAAUCAGCAUCUGGUACUCUAUAUAUCCGAGUAUGAGGGUUUCUAGUUUACACAUGGAUCCCUUAUAGGUUUGGUUUUGGAAGAGCUUUUUCAUUCUACCUUUCAAUUUUCCUACAGUUGAUAUGCAUUGUCAACAAUCCUUGGACUGCUAAAUCUAUGUGGCUGAAGUCUACUUGACAGUCUCGAAGAUAGUUGCUGUGCUUAUUCCUAGCAGAGAUCCAAAGAAGAAAACCAAGAGCAUAAGAAGAUGCACCAGUAGAAGCGUAGUAGGUGGAAAUCAUUUGUUGUCUGUUUUCUCUUACGUUACAUGUGAGAUAGAUGGCACAUCUUUGUAUAAAUCACAAAUGAGUUAAAAGGCACUGUCUCAAGUGCCUUACUACUUUGUAAAUAUGUUAGUUUAAGUAUGUUCUUUUAGGGAAUAGUCAAAGCAAUAAGUUGUACAAUAUCCUUUUAGCAAUAAGUUGUACAAUAUCUUUUGAAUAAGAAAAUGUAAGAUAUCCUCUUCUAGUGUUUG